AUGGAGCUCCACGAAGGCGCGCGCGUGACAUUUGGCGCCAACAAGACGGGCAUUGUCCGGUUCGUGGGCGAGACGGACUUUGCCAGUGGCCAGUGGGUGGGCAUUGAGCUCGAGCGACCGGAAGGCAAGAACAACGGCGAGCUCAAUGGCCGCGUCUACUUUACCUGUGCACCGAACCACGGCCUCUUUGUCAAGCACUCGAUGAUCCGCUCGGUCGUGUCUCCGUCGCCUGUGAUUGGCUCGCACACGUCGCAGGGUCGUCACCCAUUGGCGGCCUCGAGCUCGCGCGUAACGGACCCCAAGUCGCGCACGUCUCUGCCGACACCAAGUGCGCGACCGCAUGCCUCCCUGACGACGUCCGCUGCUCGAUCGAGGCUGUCGCUGGACCGACGUACGACUACUGGCAGCAGUAUGCAGUCGGGAAGCGUAGCCAAGAUGGACGAUCACUUGGCGGCAGCAGCUGCCGCGCAAAUUGCGCAGCUGGAAGAGGCGCUGGAGCAGAAGGACCGACAGCUCGAGCAGCUGCGACAGAGUGUGGCAGUGCUGAAGGAGGCGGCCGCUGUGGCAGGCACUAGUGACAAGACACCAGACUCGAUCAUGGAGCAACAGGGAGAAGAGACGCUAGUGACUGGAAAACUCAAUGAACGAGUGGAUGCAGACGGAGACGAGACGAUGGCGGAGAACAGUUUCGACACUGAGCGGAAAAGCGAUGUACAGAUGAGGCUAUCGGCGUCGCCGUCAUUGAUGCAGGAAGAGCGGGUGCAUGAGAUUGAGCUCAUUCGAGAAGAGGCAGAGAAGCACGUGCGCGGGGUGCGUACCGAGUUGGAAGAUCACAUCGGUCAGCUGCAGAAACAGCUAGAUGAGCUGCAGCGUGAGAAUGCGACGCAAGCUUCACAAGUGGGCACGUUCGAGGCAGAAGUAGCGCAGCAGAAGGCGCGGAUUGCAGCAUUUACGGUUGCUGAGCAGAAGAGGGCAGAGGAAGUGGCAAUGGCUGUAGCCAAGUCGAGCUCGAGUGCGCGCAAGGUGGAAACGCUUACGAAACAGGUGGCCGAGUUGCAGGAUAUGAUUGAGAUGGUGACGUUGGAGCGAGAGACCGUCGAGAUGGACAAGGAAAUCGCGGAAGAGCAUGCUGAAGAGCUGCAGCAGGAAGUAGAGAAACUCAAAGCUGCAAUGGCGCUGUCGGCGACGACAGGACCUGACGACUCCGAGCCAAGUUCUGCCGGCGCCGGAGACUUGGCAGACGAAAACCAGAAGCUCCGAGCAGCUGUAAAGAUGCUCCACGAGCGUGGGUCGGAGGACAAGGCUGAGCUGAGCAAGAAGUUGCGACAUGCCCAGCGUGAGAAUGCUGAACUCGGGUCGCUGAGAGAGGAAGUCGAAGAGCUGACGGCGAAGAAACAGAAGCUAGAAAGCGAAGCGGAAGAGCUGAAGGAGAUGCUGGACGUUGCGAACGCGUACGAAUCGAUGGUGGAAGACCUUACGGAAAAAAACUUGACUUUGGGCGAGAAGCUUGCUGAGCUAGAGACCACUGUGCAGUCGCUUGAGUCAUUGCGCGAAGUCGAUCAGGAGAUGGAACAUCAGCAUACGGAGUAUGAAGCGGAGCUGCGAGACGAGAUUGACUCGCAGCGUGUAGCGCUGCAGGAACUGAAACAGGCGGCAUUGAAUCAGAAGAUCGUUUGCGAGGACAAGGAGCGCACCAUUGCUCGCUUCCGUGACCUUGCGCACAGUCACCGGGAAGAGAUUGCGCAGCUGAAGGCAAAGCUUCGUGAUGAGACUGGUGCUGUGGAGUCGCUGAAGGACACGGCCCAUCUGGCGCUCAACCAAACGAUGGGGCUGCGCACACUGGUAGCAACGGCCCGCGAGCACGAGAUCGAGGCAGCGAAGCAGAAGAUCAUUUCUGAUCAGGCAAGGCUGGAGAUAUCGUUUUUGCGUGCUGUGGUGCCGACCGCAAUUUUCUCCGAGGCUGACCAAAUGGUACUUCGCGUCCGAUUGACGCUUGGACGUAUCGCUGGUAAGGUCGAUGUAUUGCUGCACCACAUGAAGAAGGAGUUGGACUCAGCCGCACAACAGCAAUCUUCUAGUGACCCGCAAGAGGACGAGAAGGAUGCGAGUGUAUCUGGCACGGUAGUCUGUGUCGAGCACUUGAUCUUGGGUGACAGGCUGGCGGCGGUCUCGUGCCAAGCAAAAGAAGACCUGUUCAUGCUGGAGUGUCACCUGACUACGGAAGAUGAAUUUGCCGAGGGCUGCUCGGCGCUCGACACCUCACAGACAGCGACAUUGGAGAGUGUGCUGGACUCUGCGCUUUCGGCUUUUGCGGAGGGCGCCUUUUUGAAUGGCUCCCGCAAUGGUGGCGACGCUGCUUCGUUGUAUGACCGUCUCUUCCAAACUGCAGAGGAAUGGCACAGCGGCCGAGCUGUCCAGGUGCAUGCAGCUACGGGUGCUGAGAGCUUUGGUGCCCGCUGUGCAGUAGUGAAGCUGCGUGCGAGAAAGAGCGUGGCCAAGCUGGCGUUUUCGAUCUCAUCGAUGGUGACUGUCUUGCGCACCACGAAGAGUGUGCUGGCAAGUGCUGAGCCGUCCGAUGAAGAGCAAGCGAGUAUACUGCGCACAGACUUGACGCCGGUGCUAGACAAGUGUCUGGGGGAGCUGCUCUCACUACUGAAUGUCGCACAGCUGCUCUAUCGCCGUGCAGAGAUUGACCUGGCGGCCUCGGACGAUGACCUUGAUGGACUCGUGGCAGCGGGUGGUGAAGUGGUGGCUUCCAUUCAUACUUACGCAACUGAGGCACAGUCGUUGCUAGCUGCACUGCAGUCACAUCUUGACCAAGACGGUCCAUCAGCGCAUGGCAAGCCAGUAGAAGAGCUAGUGCAAUUUAUGCAGCAGGGCGUAUACGACCACGUCGUGGCGUUCAAGGAGAAGCUGGCUAUGCUGUAUAAGCUGGUGUGUCGUGGCGCCUUCACUGAUGCAGUGGCUCCUCGUCUUCGUCACGAGCACACGUAUAGCGCCAACGGGCGUCCGCAGUGGCGUAUCCGAGCGCAAGCUAUUCAUCAAGAGCUGGUAGACGCGUCAGCACUUCGAAGCAACUUGGCACAAAUGACAGAGCUGUGCAACACGUUGCAUCAGCGCAUUCGCGAAUUCGAGCGUGCGGACAGUCAGCACCGUGUGGUAGCGCAGAAGCUGGAAAGUCAAGUGCUGCAGUUGACUGAGGGCACGGCUGCAGCGAUAAGCGAGAAGGCACGACUGGAAUCGCAGCUAUCGAAGGAACGCGAGCAGUUUGUUGUUGCGCUGGACGAGUCGAACAAGGAGAAGACGUUAUUGAGCUCGUUGAACCGAGACCUGCGCAAGCAACUAAAGCGCACAAGUGCUGCAAAGGAUGGAGGUGAGAGCAAUGUGGUCACGAAAGGGUCGGCGCCAAGUGCAAUCGAUGCUGAAGCUUUCCAGCGCGCUUUCCAUCAACUGUACAUGGAGCUGCACAGGGUACGCUCUACACUCGCAAAGGAGCGAUUGGAGAGGUUGCUAGGAUCGAGUGCUGGUCCAAACACGCGGCCGUUGUCGCCGCCAAAAGAGUCGGAUCGUUUGACAAGGUCGCUGACGGAGGUGGCUGCGUUCUCGCGGCAUGUGAAGGCUCAGCUGUCGAUGCCGCGUCUGGUCGAUCUCAAGCAAGCUGCUCUUCCCUCUGGUUCGUCUGCACACGCUCAAGUCACGGUGGAGAAAUUGAAGCAGUCGCGCCUCCAGCGAGACCUGGCAGCCCUUCGUGAACGCGUUGGCGCCGCAGCGCGUGACGAUGGAUGGGGCGACGAGGUGACGAACGCCAUCACGCGUGGCGAAAACGUGUUUGGCUGGCAGCCGCCGAAGGUAGUGCGUCCACCCGUGUUCUUGGGACGCGUGAAGCUUGGCCGGCACUCGGCUUCCGACUUGCAGUCUGUGCGGCUCGUGUUGAACCGAUCGGAAGUGAAGUACCUGUCGGAUGCUUUGGUGUGCUGA